CUAUCGUUAUACAGACAGAUGAUUGAUCAUUGAUGAUUUUUGUCGUUUGAGAAUUGAGUGAUGAAAAGCGAUUAUUUUCAUUUUUCUUGUACAAUAUUUGUGUAUUUAUUUCAAGCAAUUAAAAUAUAAAAAUGGCAGAAAUACAAACAUUGAUGGAAAUGGGUUUUCCUAAAGAAAGAGCGGAAAAAGCGCUGGCGGUUACAAAUUAUAAGGGCGUCGAGCCCGCCAUGGAGUGGCUUUUAGCUCAUGCAGAUGAGAUUGACGUAGGCCCUGGACAAACAAUAGCCGGCAGUUCCAAUGUUCCGGAAGCUACUCCCGCUCCAUCAACUGAGAGCUCUGAGACUCAGACUGCAUCUGCCGGUGCUGAGGUAGAGGCUAAGUCGUUCAAAUGUGAAGACUGCGGAAAACUGUUUAAAAACCAGGACGAAAUGGAAUAUCACGCAGCUAAAACUAAUCAUAGUAAUUUCUCUGAAUCCACUGAAGAGAAAAAGCCAUUGACUGAAGAGGAAAAGAAAGCUCAAUUAGCGUUACUCGAAGAAAGGAUGAAGCAAAAGAGGAAAGAGAGGGAGGAAAAAGAAAAGGCUGAAGCUUUAGAACGAGAAAGACUGAGGAUUAAGUCUGGGAAAGAUUUGCAAGAAGCCAAACAGAGGCUUCAAGAACAAGAAAUGCAAAAACUUGUGGAACAGAGACGGAGGGAGAAAUUGGAAGAUCAGAGGGCCAGGGAAAGAGUCAGGGCACAAAUAGAAGCUGAUAAACAGGCUAGAAAGCUAGCUGCAUCAGGUCAACAGCCACCAGUAGCGGCACCGGUUCCCCCACCACCAGUCAAUUCAAACCCAGCACCAAAGGUCUCAUAUGAGCAAGCACGUAUACAAUUAAGACUGCCUGAUGGACAGUCACUGACACAAACCUUUGGUGCUAAGGAACAGUUAGCUGCUGUUAGAUUGUUUUUACAAGUAAAUAAGCCUGAAUAUGCUCAAGAAGAUAAUUUCAAAUUCAUGACCACAUUCCCAAAGAAAAUAUUUACUUCCGAUGAUUAUGAGAAACCACUAGAACUUUUAGGUUUGGUGCCAUCUGCAGUUAUUAUUGUAUCCAGAGGUCAAAAUAUGUAAUUAUAUUAUGAUACUGCAAAAAAAUUAAAACAUUUCCAGUGGUCAUGAUUAUUUAUUUGUACAAAGGAACUUUAUUUUGUGUUGAUGUUGUCCGUGUAUACUAUGUUAUUUAAUCACUUCUUCAAUAGAUAACAGAAAACUUUGUGGAAUUUAUCAAUGGUGGUACAAUAAAGGUCUCAAAUUGA